UGUCACAAUCUCACCUUUUGGUAGAGAUUGAUAAUCACGCAUUUUGAGUGAUUGUAGAUGAGGCUGGGAAAAGGUAAUACACGUAUUCUGUCAUAAAUUUAACAAAAAAAAAUGACUUAAUCUUGACAUUACAUGCAUUGACUAAAUACAUCGCUUGAAAUCCCAACCUCCAAACGACUUAAUCUUGACAUUACAAUCAUCUCUAUUACUAACAAUGGGGUAAAUGCCAUGAUUGGUCACUAAGAUUACUAAAAAGUGUCAAGUAUGAUCACUAAAAACCUUUUAUUCCAUUCGUGGUCACUAAAAUUACGAAAAAAAUGUCAAGUUUGGUUACUCUCCGUCCACUCUGUUAACUUUUGCUUAUGUGGCAGUUAACUUUUAAAUAUAUGACGUGACAAUAAUAAAAUCAAAUAUUUCAAAAUUUCCACUCAUAAAAAAUAAAAAAGAUCGGGUGCUUCCCCCACGCCUGGGGCGGGGCCGCCGCUGCCCUGAUCCGGAAUCAGCCAUUGGUGGCCGUUGGUGGUGAUGAUGGUUCUGGGAUUUGGGAUUCGAAAUUCGACGGGGAGUCGAUAUUCUCGCAGAAUGAGAUGCUCCUUGAGCGAUCGCCAUCUCCGACGGUGGAGCAGAGGAAGUCACCGGCUAUUACCAGAAGGUUCGUCUUCAAUGAUGCCGGAUUGGCCAGUCUGAAAGAGAAAUUGAUGGAGCCAAUGAUCAGUAGACUAAAAGCAGUAACUGUAAUUCUUCGCGAGUCCAUUCUCGACGCAAUUACCGCCAGCAAAAUCGUGACCCAAGCUGUUAACCUGCGGCGGAAGGGGAACCCGCCGUUCCCGUCAAAUUCAUUCGGGAACUACGUAAUCCACGCCAUUGCUACAAUCGACCCGUGAGAUUGAAGACCCGAGCUGUUGCUUAGAGAAGCUGUUGAUGGAUUCCGUAGUGGAGAGGGCCGGCGGCGAGUUCGUGAGCAAGAUUCAGGGGAGGGGAGGGGCGACUCUGUUGGCGGAGGCGGCGGCAGAUAAGUUUCACGAGCUGGAGCAGGCUGGGGUUGUACGACGUUGAUUGCAGGUGGGGGAAGCUGGUGUGGGUGGGUUAGCUGUUGAGCGGUUGAGCGGACAGCGGCGACGAGGGGGUUGGAUUUGGUAAUGAUUUUGGACACCAAGGACGGGAGAGGAACAUGAAAAAGCCAUCGGUAUACAAGUAGGGAUGGCAAUCAAACCCAUGGCCGCGGGUAUCCGACCGCCCCCGACCCAGUCAACGCGGGGAAUCCCCGCUUUGACCGGGUAUGGGGCGGGUAUGGGUAAAACCCGCAAAAAGUUUGAUGGGUAUGGGGCGGGUAUGGUUUUAGCCUCCCCCGCCCCAUACCCAUCCCCAUACCCGCCCCACCAAGAUAAUUUCUUCAUAUAUAAAAAAAUAUGUGCAUCAAAUUAUAAUCUAUCAAUGACGAUGAUGAUAACUUGAGAAAAUAAAUAGUACAAAUGCAAUUGAGUGACCAUCUUAAUCAAAAUCUAAUCAUUUCUCUCAAUUCUCAUUUCACUCUUUCACUUUCCCCCUUGUCAACAAGAUUAUGUUAGUUAAUUAUUAUUUAGUAGAUGUAUCAGAGUUAGAACAUAAUAAUUUGAAAAAUAUUAUACUCUAUAUUAUGUAUUAAUGGACAUUUUAGGAUCAUAAUCUUUGAACCAUAUUAAAAAAAUGACCGUGUUUUGUCGACUUCAUGAUAUAAUAUGUUCGUUUAGAGUUAUAAUUAGAACUUUUCUUGUAAGUUUUAGAUAUAAUAAUGUUGGAUGUACGGGUAUGGGUAUUGCCCAUGGGUACCCGAAACCCACGGGUAUGGGGAUGGGUUUGCAAAACAUUCCCCGCAUGGGUAUGGGGCGGGUAUGGGUUUGGGUAUUUGAAGAUGGUAUGGGGAUGGUUUUAGCAAACCCGCCCCAUUGCCAUCCCUAUAUACAAGACGAAGAAUAAGAGAUUGAGCAAUAACAGAAUUUUUUAUUGUUAUUUUGUAAUAAUGAAACAAUGAGGUGGAAAUUUUGAAAUAUUUAAUUUUAGGGGUACACCUAUGGUGACAUGCAAGGCACCGUAACUUGCACAAUUCGGUCGACCUAUGUGUUCAUCCUUUCGACCAAUUACACCAUCGUGGUCAUUCUUAUAGAAACUACGGUCGACCAUUAACAUAUAAUGGACGACCAUUUUAAGGUAGUCAAUACCAAAAUGGUCGACAAUAACAAAAAAUUGGUCGACCGAUUUGAGGCAGUCAUACAAUAAAUGGUCGACCAGAAUAGGAAAUAGGUCGACCUUUCAAUUUAGUCAUAUACAAAAUGGUGGACUGUAAAAAACAAAGAGAUCGACCACUUUAGGACAGUCAUUACCAAAAUGAUCAUUACCAUAUAUGGAAUGAGGCCGACCAUUUCCAGCAAGAGGUUGACUAGAUAGAAAAAGAGUCGACAACACAUCAAUUCAUUCCUCUUGAAGUGAAACGUAGAGGAAAAUGUUGAUUUUACGGUCGGCUGCUUAUAGUAAAAUAAGCAUGCGACCUUUGAUUUUUGUGCUUAUGCCUGUCGACGUGUGGACUUUGUUUUGUCUAAAAAAUUAUGAUAGAAACCAACAAAUUCAAUCCACAAUCAUAAUAGCAAGAAAGCCUAACUUUUUAACAGCUUAAUCACUAACACCAAAUACAAUAAAACACACCUCAUAAUAGUUCACACAUACCUAAAAUAAAAAACCACAACAACUUAAUAUCAAUCUACGAUCAUAGUUACUUUAAAUCAAAUCGUCUUUAAGAC